GUGUGGGUUAAUGGCUCCUCCUGCUGCAGACGGAGACGGAGCUGGCAGCGAGCACUGAACCGGGGGGGAAAAACACGCAAUUCAGCCCGAAUAUCCGCGGGGUUUGUCGGUCUUAGUGCUUUAGUCGGGUGUGUGUGUGUCGGUUGUGGUCGAUACAGCGGUGUAUUUAGCGACGAGCAGCUCCGCAGAUGAACUCCGUCAGAGCCACCAACAGGAGACCCAGGCGAGUGUCCAGGCCGCGCCCGGUGCAGCCCGAGCGGAACAACGGGGACCGAGAUGAGGAGGCUCCUGCAGCAGCUGCAGCAGAAAUGGCAAUUGAGGAGUCCGGUCCAGGUGCUCAGAACAGUCCCUAUCAGCUUCGACGCAAGACCCUGCUUCCCAAGAGAACCACCGCUGCCUCUGCCACCGCCUCUGCCUGCCCCAGCAAGGGCCCAAUGGAGGGAGCAUCUACUUCAUCAACAGAGACCUUUUGCCAUCGAGCCAAGCGGGCAAGAGUGUCCGGUAAGAGCCACGACCUUCCAGCAGCCCCAGCAGAACAAUAUCUGCAACAGAAGCUUCCAGAUGAAGUUGUUCUGAAGAUCUUCUCCUACUUACUGGAGCAGGACCUUUGCCAGGCAGCUUGUGUCUGCAAGAGAUUCAGCCAGCUAGCAAAUGAUCCCAUCCUAUGGAAACGGUUAUACAUGGAGGUGUUCGAGUAUACACGCCCCAUGAUGCACCCAGAGCCGGGCAGGUUCUACCAGGUCAGCCCUGAGGAGCACGAACACCCAAACCCCUGGAAGGAGAGUUUCCAGCAGCUGUACAAAGGUGCACAUGUAAAGCCAGGCUUUGCUGAGCAUUUCUACAGUAACCCUGGCAGAUACAAAGGCAGAGAGAACAUGCUGUAUUAUGACACCAUUGAGGACGCUCUGGGUGGGGUGCAAGAGGCUCACUUUGACGGUCUCAUCUUUGUCCAUUCUGGCAUCUAUACAGAUGAGUGGAUUUAUAUAGAGUCCCCCAUCACCAUGAUUGGUGCAGCUCCUGGUAAAGUAGCAGACAAAGUGGUGAUUGAGAAUACAAGAGACUCAACAUUUGUCUUCAUGGAGGGCUCAGAGGAUGCAUAUGUGGGAUACAUGACUAUAAAGUUUAAUCCAGACGAUAAGUCAGCGCAGCACCACAACGCCCACCACUGUCUGGAGAUCACAGUGAACUGCAGCCCUAACAUUGACCACGGCAUCAUCCGCUCCACAUGCACAGUGGGUUCAGCUGUGUGUGUGAGUGGACAAGGAGCCUGUCCAACCAUCAAACACUGCAACAUUAGCGACUGUGAGAAUGUAGGACUGUACAUUACAGACCAUGCACAGGGCAUUUAUGAAGACAACGAAAUCAGCAACAAUGCGCUAGCGGGAAUUUGGGUGAAAAAUCACGGUAAUCCUAUCAUAAGACGUAACCACAUUCACCACGGUCGAGACGUCGGAGUGUUCACGUUCGAUCACGGAAUGGGUUACUUUGAGAACUGUAAUAUCCAUAGAAAUCGCAUAGCAGGCUUUGAAGUGAAGGCAUACGCCAACCCCACGGUUGUGCGCUGUGAGAUCCACCACGGCCAAACGGGCGGCAUCUAUGUCCACGAGAAGGGCCGGGGCCAGUUUAUAGAGAACAAAAUCUAUGCCAAUAAUUUUGCUGGCGUGUGGAUCACGUCCAACAGUGACCCGACGAUACGAGGAAAUGCUAUUUUCAAUGGUAACCAAGGAGGGGUGUACAUAUUUGGAGACGGGCGAGGUUUGAUAGAAGGUAACGACAUCUACGGUAACGCCUUGGCUGGAAUCCAGAUCCGAACCAACAGCUGCCCCAUCGUACGGCACAACAAGAUUCAUGAUGGACAGCAUGGAGGCAUCUAUGUGCAUGAGAAAGGCCAGGGAGUGAUCGAGGAGAACGAGGUUUACAGCAACACUCUGGCCGGAGUCUGGGUGACCACAGGCAGCACUCCCGUCCUCCGCAAGAACCGCAUCCACAGUGGCAAACAGGUUGGUGUUUAUUUCUAUGACAACGGGCAUGGUGUAUUGGAAGACAAUGACAUCUACAAUCACAUGUACUCUGGUGUACAAAUAAGGACGGGGAGCAACCCAAAGAUCCGGCGCAACAAAAUUUGGGGUGGCCAAAACGGAGGGAUUUUAGUCUACAACUCAGGUCUGGGCUUCAUCGAGGACAAUGAGAUCUUUGACAAUGCAAUGGCCGGGGUGUGGAUCAAGACAGACAGCAACCCCACACUGAGGAGGAAUAAGAUCCACGAUGGCAGAGAUGGAGGCAUCUGCAUCUUCAACGGCGGCAGAGGACUGUUGGAAGAGAACGACAUCUUUAGGAACGCCCAGGCUGGAGUGCUCAUCAGCACCAACAGUCAUCCAAUACUACGCAAGAACCGCAUUUUUGAUGGCUUUGCAGCAGGCAUCGAAAUCACAAACCAUGCCACUGCAACAUUGGAGGGAAACCAGAUCUUCAACAACCGCUUUGGGGGGCUGUUUCUGGCCUCCGGAGUCAACGUCACCAUGAAAGAUAACAAGAUUCAGAAUAAUCAGGAUGCCAUUGAGAAAGCAGUGAGCAGAGGUCAAUGUCUCUACAAGAUCUCCAGCUACACCAGUUACCCCAUGCACGACUUCUACAGGUGUCACACCUGUAAUACAACAGAUAGGAAUGCCAUCUGUGUUAACUGCAUCAAAAAAUGUCACCAAGGACAUGAUGUUGAGUUUAUACGGCACGAUCGGUUCUUCUGUGACUGCGGAGCAGGAACGUUGUCCAACCCGUGCACGCUGGCCGGAGAGCCCACACACGACACGGACACUCUGUACGACUCGGCGCCGCCCAUCGAGUCCAACACUCUGCAGCAUAACUGAAGGCGUCCGGUCAAGUCGACACCCUCACAUAAGCAUACAAACACGUUACAUUGCACACAGCCAUAUUCACACGGUUACAUAUACACAUCCACUUGCAGCCAUAUGGACCCAGAGAGACUCUGGCCUGCAGCGCUCUCAGACGGGACAGAGGCGGGAGAUGCUGCAGAGGAAGCAGCUUCCCUCAGCUGCAGCCCAACACGCUGCACUGGAGGGAGCAGUGGAGCUGCGAGUGAAAUGACAGAACAGCCAUGAGAGAUUCCUCACUGGAGUAUUUCUUACUGCAGUCUGUAAACAAAGAAGAAAGGAGGAGAGAGAGCUGCUGAGUGGGCUGCAGAGGUCAGUGCUGGCAGCACUUAAAGUGUGAAAAUCUUUUCCUGGUUAAUCCUCAGCUCCCAGACCUCCUGUUCUGAAGAACUACUGUCAAAAAGACUCCCAGCCUCCUCGCAACAGUCAUCCCUCUUGGCUGCCCAGGCAGUUGUAACUAGGCAACAGAUGGGUGGAUGUUAAUCUGUGUGUGGAUAAAAAGCAAGAUUGUGUAUGUGUGAUGGAGCACUUGGGCUUUUUCUUUUCUGUUUUUUUGUUUUUUUUUUAAAUAUAUAUAUAUGUUCUCAUCAAUGGAUUUUAUUUCAAUGCUUUCUCAUGUAGUUUUGUAUUUUCAAGCAAAAAGCAGACUGUAUUUGAAUGUCUUUUAUUUUAUUAUAUAUUAUUAUAAUUAUUAUUUUUCUUCGGUUAGCGUCCUCCUCCCGGUCCAUCAAAUUGCAGAAACUCGAAUGUCCCAGUGGUGAAAUUCUUUCUGUGAAAGAGAAUCUCGUUUAAACACUAUAAACCCUCUCCAGUGUGUUAGUUUUAAUGACAGGUGGAGUGACUCCACACUUGUACAAAGUGGUGUGUCUAAAUGUGUGUCGUAUACAAGCCGUGUGUAUGCGCGUUUGUGUGUGUGUGUGCGCGUGUGCGUUUGUGUGUGUGUGUGUGUUUAUAAGUCGAUGCAGUCAGUGUUGUGUGGAGAGGGUUUCAGCAGGAGGCGUCCGAGCUCCUUUGGACUGGAACUAAAGAGUCAAUCUGCAGUCCCCCUCCCCUCCCGUUCCCCCUCGUGUAUCGUGGUGACUGUGGCUCCUCAUGCAGCCUGAAUCGUAUGCAUGUACCAUAACAUCUAGACUUAAUAUAUUGUGAAGUAUUCAAUAACCAUUAUGUAGAUGCUAGUUGGAAUUCAAAAUGGGGUAUACUUUCUUAGAAAGAAAAAAAAAAACACAGGAAACUGGCCAUUUCUAAGAAAAUAAAAAUUUAUUAGAUCAAAGGUGUGUGUCUUUGACUUCGCUCACUAUGAUGAUUUUAUUUUUUUAAGUUAAUUCAGCUACAAAUGUCAGGGCACUGACAUCGACAUUCAUAGGUGGUUAAAGAAAAAAGAAUUUGGUGUUGAUGGUAAAGUGGACGGGUAUGAACUUGAGGUGAUAUUGCUGAGUUAUGGCCAUGCAAUUUAACAAAGAUGAGGCAAAAGAAUAAAUACCUCCAUGAUUCAUUGUUGGCAUCAAUAAUUUGAAGGUUAUUUCUUCCUUGUGGAGGAAUCUUGGCCCGGUCUUCUUUGCACUGCUUCACUUCAUUGAGGUUGUUGGAUUCUUCCUAACGCAUGACCCUCUUGGUCCCGCCACGGCUUUUCAGCGAGCUACUCUAAAGCCUCGAUUUGUCUGCUUUUCAACCAGUCUGUUGAAGCGCUUUAAAUGGCAGUCCUGCCCAGUUGACCCAGUUUUGAGAAAGCUCCGGCUGUCACAUGGCCUCACGCUGGCCGCGACACCACACCGCGUUCACGGUCAACUGAGUGGCUGCAAGGUGUCCGGACUGCAAAAACACCCAAAUCAUCACCCCUCCACCGCCACACUAGACACAUUUCAUAUAAUGGGUAUAUUUGAGACACAUUUCUGAGACCUCUGCACCACCCCCAUUAUAGUAACAUUUUAUACGAAGCAAAGAAAUAAUUACUCCAUGUGUUCAUAAUCACAACACAAUCAUUUUGAAACAAUACGUUUUUUGUGUUUGUUUUUUUUAUUUCCAUAUGUAAUAACUCAUGUAACUUAUGUUCAAUAUGUAAAACUUGAAAAUAAAUUUAAAAAAUCCUG